AUGGCCGCGCCGCUGAGCGCGUCAGGCCGGCUGCUGCUGCUGUUGGUUGCAGCGCUGGCGUCGACCACCGACGCCACCAACGCCGCCGACGCCAAACCCGGGCCCGCCACACUCCCGAGGCAAGCGCCCGCCGCCCCAGCUGCGGCUGUGGCAGCACCCAACUCAUCGGCCGAGGCGGCGCCCCUGGCCGCGCCACCGCUGGGGCGGCUGUCUCCCUAUAAUGGCGGCGGCGCGCUGAACGUCUGCACCUCUGAGACAAUCCCCAGUGAGUGGGUCACACGCGGCUGGGCAGGCACACGUGCAUCCUAA